GUAUUUAGUCUUCAUUAUCAAUGAAUGAAGUGUGCUGCUGAUUAUUCAUCCAAUUUUUUUGCUCAAGUUUAUUUUCACUUUGCUCUCGAUUUCAUUUUUGUUCUUAAGCAAAUUUAUAGCUGUUUGUGUGUUGUUGCUAACUUUGUUCCAACAGAAAAUAAAGUCCAUGUAUUUUCUCUAUGUUUUUUCAGGUCAUAUGGGAAACAAGGCACGAAGAAGAAGAAGAAGAACAAGAAGAUUCAAUUUUCAAGCAGGGAAACCUUCGGCCUCGGAAGAAGCAGCAGAGUUGCUGGAAAGAAGCUGCGGCAGCACCACCGCAGGCGCCGGCUUAAGCGGAUGGAAACCGAACUGGCAAAGAUGAAAGCGGAGAUGAGGGACUCGGCUGAGUCCCUAAUGGCAGGUAAAGUAGAAGCUGAUCAGGCUGAGGCUAAACUUCAAGUGCUGAAGUUGAAGCUUUUGGCAGUGAAGGAAAUUGAAGCUUUUCUCAUGGGUUUUCUUUGACUUAUUGGAGUUUAGGACCUUCAUGUCCUAAACUCCUUGCUAGGUCACAAGCAACGCCUCCUUGACUUAUUGGAGGGCUACAAUCGAUAAGUAUAAUGGACUCGAGACUUAAAUAUCCUUUUCUUAUUUAUAAGAGUUGUUCUUGUGUAGUUAAA